UUCAUAAUCAUCAAGAGUUAGACAUAUGGUUAGGGUAGCUAGAUAUAUUAUUUAACAAUUAUAUUAUUCCGUUCAAAUUAUAAUUUUGAUGGAUUCAUGCCUACAUAUAAAUACAAUAUGUAAUCAACAUCAUGUCUCAUGCAACUUCAAUUUCCAAAGUAAACAAACCAAACUACAAUUACAUGACGGAAGAGUUUGAGAUCGCCGGAAUCUCCACGGGAGCUUGGUGGAGUUCGCCAACAAACACCGCCACAGUAUUCUCUGGCUACUCGCUGCCACGUUCCACUGAGAUUAGCCUUGAUGUCACAAAUUUCGGAUGGCAAAACUUCGAUAACAAGAUUAACGAUCCUAAUGAUGGUUUUAUUAACAUGCAUAAUAGUUUCUUUGAAGGAUUAUUCGAUCCUAACGAGCAAUUACUACCGGAUUCUUGGCCAAAAAGUACAGUUCCUAAUGCGAAAUCCGAGCUCCUUGAAAGCUUCCCAUUCUUAGAUAACAUGUUCUUGAUCGAUACAGAAGCUGAAUCAUUCUUGGAUCAUGAAAUCAGAAACCAUAACUCUAAGGAGCAAACUACACAAGACUGUAAGAAUUUUACUUCAAAGGGGAGCGAAAGGACUGAAGAAUUAGAAGAGAACAGCGACGAAUAUUCACCGCGAUUACUAAAAAGACAGAGACUCGAGACACUAUCUCCAUUGCCAAGCUUCAAGGUUCGUAAAGAGAAACUCGGAGAUAGAAUCACUGCGCUUCAGCAACUGGUUUCACCAUUUGGCAAGACAGAUACAGCUUCUGUUCUCAAUGAAGCUGUAGAGUACAUAAAGUUUCUUCAAGAACAAGUCACUGUAUUGAGUAAUCCAGACCAGAACACCAUAGGAUCUGUUCAACAACAGCAGUGUUCAGACAAGAAAUCUAUGAAUACUCAAGAAGAAGAAGAAGAAGAAGAAGAAUGUAGUCCAAGAAAACAUGUAGAUCUCGCCAGCCGUGGACUAUGUCUGAUGCCGAUCUCAGCUUCUUAUCCGGUGGCUGCAGCCGCGGCUUCGGCUGCAGAGAUGAACCUACAUCUGAUUUCUGGAAUCUUCCAUUCUGUGUAAACUUAUAAAUUAGAUAUAUACAUAAACCACAAAAAGUUAUCUUCCACAAACAGGGGGUCUUGUAAAGUUUUAUGUCCCGUUUUUAUACAAGAAAUGUAAAUGUCCUGUAAUACUUUCAAAAUCAUAUAUUGUU